UUGGUUUCCCUGGUUCACCCAAUAUGGAAGGAAUCAAAGGACAUAAGGGUGAUCUAGGUUUACAAGGACAGACAGGGCUACCAGGCCUGAAGGGUGAUAAGGGAGACCAGGGUUACCCAGGAGAACAGGGCUUUAGAGGCGUUGCUGGACCUCCUGGUGUCAAAGGUGAACACGGUCAGGAUGGAUCUCAUGGAGCGAAGGGGGACCGUGGCUUUGAUGGAUUGCCUGGCAAAACAGGUCUUCCUGGUGAAAUGGGUGCGACUGGUAGUCCAGGAAUCCCUGGUGCUUCUGGAGUAAAGGGAGAAAAAGGAGAAGCUGGACCUCCAGGUUACCCAGGGAAUAUGGUAGAGCCUGGUGGUUUAAAAGGAGAACCAGGUCAGCCAGGACCUCGUGGCCUUCAAGGCUUGCCAGGUCCUCCAGGGCCAAUGGGUCGUCCUGGUCUGGAUGGCAGUGCUGGAAAACCUGGAUUACAAGGUCAAAGGGGAAGGAAAGGUGAUCAGGGACUGCCUGGUGCAGAGGGAAUCACUGGACCUCCGGGUGCUAAAGGAGAUCCUGGUGUUGCUGGACAAACAGGACAUCGUGGAGAACAGGGGUUGCCAGGUGAAAUUGGCUUUCCAGGAAAACCAGGUCCAAUUGGAAAACCGGGCGCCCCUGGGACAGAUGGGAAAAAUGGCUUCCCUGGACCUCCAGGAGUUAAGGGACAAGCAGGAGUACACGGACUGGAUGGUAUCCCUGGAAAACCUGGUGAAAUGGGGGAAAGAGGAUUACCAGGUCUCACGGGGCCCAGUGGACAUAAGGGAGAAGCUGGUCUUCCUGGAUCACCUGGACUACCCGGUCCAAGGGGAAUAAAAGGAGAGCAGGGAGAACCAGGGAAACAAGGUUUAGUUGGACCCAAAUCAGAUAAGGGUGAAAAGGGGGAUAAGGGAUCAGUUGGAGCUCCCGGUUCUCCAGGCUUACCAGGGACGGCAACUGAAGGUUUUUCUGUACCUGGGAUACCGGGAUUGGAUGGGGAGAAAGGAGAGAAAGGAGACGCAGGAGAGCCAGGAGAGCCUGGUUCCCAUGGAAUACCAGGCACAAGUGGACCACAAGGACCCCCAGGCCCAAAGGGUCAACAGGGUGAUCGAGGGCCAGCUGGGGUUUCUGGGACAAAAGGUGAAAUGGGGGCUAUUGGAAGACCAGGUCCACCAGGUCCACAUGGUGUGCCAGGAAAUGUGGGAGUCCCAGGAGUUGCUGGUCCCCCAGGCAAUGAUGGUCGCAGAGGUGAGAAGGGGGCGCCUGGUACAGAUGGUGAACCUGGGUUACCUGGAAAUCCUGGUGACGCUGGGCUGCCUGGAGUCCCCGGACAGCCGGGGGAAGGUAAAACUGGAAAAUCGGGGCAGCCUGGUACACCCGGCUUGACGGGACCCCAAGGACCAAAGGGUGAUCCAGGGGAUCCUGGUUUACCAGGGACACCAGGAGACAGAGGACCUCCUGGUGAAGGGAACCCAGGAGCACCAGGCCUUGCAGGACAAGUUGGUGAAAGGGGCCAUCCGGGUCCAAGAGGCUCACCUGGAACCCCAGGCCAGCCUGGAAAUGAUGGUUUACCAGGCCCUAGAGGAGAUCCAGGACCCCCGGGAGAACCUGACUUGUGCACCAGCUGCCCAGCCGGUCCACCUGGUCUCCAAGGCCUACCAGGUUUGAAAGGAAGCAAGGGUCAUGCAGGCCCCACUGGAAAAGUUGGAAAAGAUGGCCUUAGAGGUGAGCCAGGACCAUCAGGACCUCCAGGACCGCAAGGACCAGCAGGAAUAGUGGGGAGCAAAGGAGAUCGUGGUUUGCCUGGUUCAUCUGGUGAAAAGGGUGAACAGGGUAGCCCAGGACUGCCAGGUUAUCCUGGGCCACCUGGAACUGUCGGCCAACCUGGUGCUGAUGGUAUUCCAGGAUCUUCUGGUGCACCAGGCCUGCGAGGAGAGAAGGGGAGCGAAGGCACUCGAGGAAGUGAGGGACCUGCUGGAUUGUUAGGACCACCAGGUCUUGCAGGAAAAGAUGGAAAGGAUGGGAAACCUGGACCUGCUGGAGAGCCGGGCAGGCCAGGUAACCCUGGGCCUCCUGGCAGGAAUGGACUACGAGGAAUCCCUGGUUUUAAAGGCCCAAAAGGUGCUACUGGCUCAAUUGGCCCAAGAGGGGAAGCAGGAAUGGCUGGGCAACCAGGUCAGCCAGGGUCACAUGGGAAAGAUGGUGAACAAGGACCUCCAGGACCUCAGGGUCCUCCUGGUUUAAGAGGCAAUCAGGGUAAAAGUGGUCCGCCUGGCCCUGAAGGAAAGCCUGGUGUUCCAGGUGUCCAGGGACCAAAGGGCUCUAAAGGAACAAAUGGAGAUCCAGGUUUUCCAGGGCCCCAGGGACUACCAGGAUCACGGGGACAGCCAGGAGAGACAGGACACCCAGGAAAAACGGGAUCUCCAGGCAAAUUAGGUGAUCGGGGGUCCAAAGGAGAGAGGGGCGAUCCAGGUAUCAAAGGUGCAAAAGGAAUCCAGGGUAACAACGGACAGCCUGGUGAACCAGGGCUUCCAGGUAUAAAAGGACACACUGGGAUGAUGGGUCCAGUAGGGCCUCCAGGAGAAAGAGGCCCAUCUGGGUCACCAGGACAAUUAGGUCCUCCCGGCAUACCUGGUGAAAGAGGUGAGCCACCAUCCUCGGAGCAACUGAGAAGACUUAUAAGGGAAGAGCUGUCGAAGCAGCUCGAUGUGCGGCUGUCCUACCUCAUGUCUCAGUUUCAACCAACACCCAUUAAAGCACCACCCGGGAAGCCAGGGCCUCCUGGUCCACCAGGGAUUGAUGGGUUUCCUGGGAGGCCUGGUGUCCCAGGAGAACCUGGGCCACCUGGACAACCUGGCUCUGAAGGAUCCAGUGGACCAAUGGGUCCAAAAGGUGAUAGAGGCACUAAGGGUGAAAAAGGAGAAAUGGGUAUUGGACAGAGGGGUGAUCCUGGUUCACCAGGCCCUCCAGGUACCCCUGGAACACCUGGCUAUGGGAAAGAUGGAAUACCUGGUACUCCAGGGCCACCUGGAGAGUCUGGCCUACCUGGUGGGAUAGGUCCUCAGGGACCUCCUGGACAGAAUGGAAUCUGUGACCUGGCUCAGUGUGCUUACUAUGCAAAUCUGGCCAGCCGGCCGUCUAACCAAAAAGGACCUUGAACAAGAAAAGUUUGAAGAGAUGAAGGAUUCAGAGGCUGUUUAACAAACAUAACAACAAAAAUAUAACCAUCAGCAGCCUGUACAGCGAUCACUCCGAGCACAUGUGCUGCCGGCCAGAUGUGUUUCGAUGUGAGUUCCUGCCCUCUCCUAGGAUAACAAGAGAAAUGUACUGUAUCCCAGCCAUUAAGCACACACACAGGCCCCUCCUACAAAUCCAUACCAGUUCCCAAUUGUGACUAAACUGUGUGAUUUUAAAGCUUUCUAACUGUACAUAUUUUCAAAGUCUGCAGCUCGUUUCCUGUAUAGUUUUAUCUCAUCUUUAGUAUAAUCCAGUGUGGCAUAUGGUAAAUGUAGUUUUCAUUCACUAGA